UCAGAAUAGCGAUAUUAGUCUUUCUUGUGUAAACGUUUUGUGUUUGGACUGGAAUAUAUUUAUAUUCGCGAUAAAUUAAUUUAAAUUAAUAUUUUUUCCGUGCAAAUAAAAUUGGAACUGUAAUUGUUAGUUAAUAGUGUUUGUGAUUUUCAUUGUAUGAACUAGUUAAAAGUGCUAAUCAAAUCAAUGACGAAGCUACUCAGUGACAAGCAUUACGAAGUUUAGCCUGUGUACUUUUCUUGAGUGUUGAAUGACUAUACCGGAGUAAACAGAAGGUGAAUCAUUGUUAAUAAAGCGGAUUUCUUGAAUAUAAUAGUUUCCCUUGGAUUCCAAGUCUCGCAAAAGCCUGUCGUAACUUCGAAUGCACAUUGUGACGUAACAGUAAACAAUAGUGUUAUGGAGCGGGCGUGAGUCGAGAUGUGGCCGAAGGUUGUUGCGGUGUUGGGGCUCGUGGCUGUGGCCAACGCCAUCCUUGAAGGCCCCAAUGUCUGCAUGAGGAAUGAACCAUAUACAACGAAAGUGCGAGUGACGGAACAGCAGCCCUACCAAGAGAAAGAGUACUCCUGGUGCUUCAACGUCCCACCACGAUGCUCCAAAUACAGAGUCAAGUUCCGGACAAUCUUCAAGACUCAGAUCUUAGUGAAGUACCGGCCAGUUGAGGAGUGCUGUGCCGGGUUUGCGCCGGAUGUAAAUGGCGAGCAAUGUGUGCCUGUGUGCGUGGAUAAGUGCGUACAGGGCAAGUGUGUGGCGCCCAAUACGUGUGCGUGCGAUCAUGGAUACGGAGGACCGGCUUGCGAUAUAUCAUGUCCAAAAGGCAAAUGGGGCCGCAACUGCCAAAACUCCUGCCAAUGUCUGAACGGCGGUACCUGCGAGCCUUUGACCGGGGAAUGCGCCUGCGCACCUGGUUGGCGAGGCGAAGCGUGCGAGAAAGCGUGUGCGCCCCCGACCUUUGGCGACAACUGUAUUGAGACGUGCCAGUGUAGGAAUGGUACUUGUGACGCUGCCAGCGGAGCGUGCGAGUGUAUACCAGGCUUUACUGGGCCACUGUGCGAAGACCACUGCCCAACGCUAGUCGCCUGUCCGCAAGGUUGCCGGUGUCAAAAUGGCGGCAAGUGUCAUCCACUUUCCGGACAAUGCGACUGUGCGCCCGGUUGGAGUGGGGAGGUUUGCGCUAACAGAUGUCCGUCUGGUAAAUGGGGAGAGCAAUGCGAGCGGAGCUGCGAAUGCGCCAAUGGUGCGAGUUGCCACCACGUCACUGGUCACUGCCACUGCGAGGCUGGCUACACCGGAGAAAAGUGCAUGGAGACCUGCAAACCAGGGACCUACGGUGUCGACUGCAACAGAACAUGCGAAUGUCUCCACGGUGGCGAAUGUUCGCCAAAAGACGGCUCGUGUACGUGCAAACCUGGGUGGAAGGGCGUACAUUGCGAGCUCCGCGCUUGCCCUGACGGCAAAUAUGGGAAGAUGUGCGAAAAGGAUUGUGAAUGUGACCCGGCUAAUACUGACCUAUGUGACCCCUGGACCGGCGCGUGCGAUUGCUCAGCGGGUUGGGCGGGAGAAACCUGCUCGCGACAGUGCGCGCUCUUAACAUACGGCAAAGGAUGCCGCUCGAGUUGCCGGUGCGAGAACAGCGGCCUCUGCUCGCCUGUCAACGGAUCCUGUCUCUGCGCGCCGGGCUACCACGGUUUACGCUGCGAGCAGCCGUGCCAGUUCCCGCACUACGGGGACAACUGCCGCGACACCUGCGCCUGCGCCAACAACGCCACCUGCUCGCACGAGACCGGCCAGUGCAAAUGUCCGCCCGGUUACGAUGGAUUGAAAUGCGACCGGCCAUGCGACGGCAAGAAAUACGGAUUGAAGUGUCUACAAGAGUGCCAAUGUGAAAACAAUGCGCCCUGCAACCCUGUCAAUGGUGAAUGUAUCUGCGGCCCAGGCUACACAGGUUCCAAGUGCGAACACACUUGCCCCCCACACUACUUCGGUCAAGACUGCCGUUCGCCCUGCAACUGUGGGGCUAACGCUCGCGGCUGCGACCACGUGACUGGACGCUGCCAGUGCGAGACUAGCUGGCGAGGUCUCACUAGGAAACUAGGUAUCCGUUGCGAAACGCAAUGCGAGCAAGGUUUCUUUGGCGAUGGCUGCUCGGAGCGGUGCCCGUGCGUGAACAACUCUUCGUGCGAUGCCGAUACCGGCCGGUGCGAAUGCUCUGCCGGCUGGACUGGUGUUAACUGCUCGCAGCCAUGCUCUCCUGGUACCUAUGGAGCUGGUUGCUCUCAAAAAUGCGCCCCUGGACCUGGUGGUAACACGACAUGCGACCCAGUCACAGGCGUGUACGCGUGCCCCAGCGGAUACACGGGUGCGUCUUGCGAGUACCCGUGUCCUCUCGGCACUUUCGGCCCGCACUGCGCAGAGAAGUGCGCUUGCAAGAAUGGUGCUGACUGCCACCAUGUUACGGGAGCGUGUCAAUGCCCUCCCGGCUGGCUGGGCCGGCUGUGCGACGAGGCGUGCCCCGCGGGGUGGUGGGGCGCCAACUGCACGCAGCCGUGCCGCUGCGCCGCCGCCGCCGCCUGCCGCUCCAACGACGGCUACUGCCGCUGUCCGCCCGGCUACAGGGGCGCGUACUGCACGCAGUGUGAGUACCUCACUAUAUGCACGAGUGUGACAGUGUUCUCCAACUGCACGCAGCCGUGCCGCUGCGCCGCCGCCGCCGCCUGCCGCUCCAACGACGGCUACUGCCGCUGUCCGCCCGGCUACAGGGGCGCGUACUGCACGCAGUGUGAGUACCUCACUAUAUGCACGAGUGUGACAGUGUUCUCCAACUGCACGCAGCCGUGCCGCUGCGCCGCCGCCGCCGCCUGCCGCUCCAACGACGGCUACUGCCGCUGUCCGCCCGGCUACAGGGGCGCGUACUGCACGCAGUGUGAGUACCUCACUAUAUGCACGAGUGUGACAGUGUUCUCCAACUGCACGCAGCCGUGCCGCUGCGCCGCCGCCGCCGCCUGCCGCUCCAACGACGGCUACUGCCGCUGUCCGCCCGGCUACAGGGGCGCGUACUGCACGCAGUGUGAGUACCUCACUAUAUGCACGAGUGUGACAGUGUUCUCCAACUGCACGCAGCCGUGCCGCUGCGCCGCCGCCGCCGCCUGCCGCUCCAACGACGGCUACUGCCGCUGUCCGCCCGGCUACAGGGGCGCGUACUGCACGCAGUGUGAGUACCUCACUAUAUGCACGAGUGUGACAGUGUUCUCCAACUGCACGCAGCCGUGCCGCUGCGCCGCCGCCGCCGCCUGCCGCUCCAACGACGGCUACUGCCGCUGUCCGCCCGGCUACAGGGGCGCGUACUGCACGCAGUGUGAGUACCUCACUAUAUGCACGAGUGUGACAGUGUUCUCCAACUGCACGCAGCCGUGCCGCUGCGCCGCCGCCGCCGCCUGCCGCUCCAACGACGGCUACUGCCGCUGUCCGCCCGGCUACAGGGGCGCGUACUGCACGCAGUGUGAGUACCUCACUAUAUGCACGAGUGUGACAGUGUUCUCCAACUGCACGCAGCCGUGCCGCUGCGCCGCCGCCGCCGCCUGCCGCUCCAACGACGGCUACUGCCGCUGUCCGCCCGGCUACAGGGGCGCGUACUGCACGCAGUUUUGCCCAGAAGGCUACUUCGGCGACCACUGCAUGGAGCCCUGCAUGUGUCCCGAAGGCAACUGGGACUGCCACCCGGUGAAGGGCUGCGUGUGCCGCCGCGGCUUCAUCGGAGACUCCUGCGACACUCACGCCUCGGGCGCCAUCGUGGUCGACCACGCCGAGGGAAGCAGCAACGCAGGCCUAACAGCGACGAUGGUCAUCCUACUACUUUUAUGCGUAGCCGCCGCUGCGCUAAUGCUGUUCUACUACCGCAAGCGAGUCAAGAACCUCAAGCGGGAGAUAGCCCAUGUGCACUACACCGCCGACCCGGCCACGCAGCCAGAGCAACACUUCGACAACCCCGUGUAUUCCUACCAAGGCUCAACCCGCAGCGAUGAAACAACGCUCCUGAAUAACGCUAACCACAUUCACAAUAAUCUUAGCAAGCUCAGCAACACUACUAUGGAGAAAAUGCGGAACCGACCCACUGGAUCCAGUGACACCUAUGACCCGCUGUCGUGUCUCAAGAAUAAGGAUGCGGACCUGACCAACCCGAAUCUGUAUCACUGCAUCGAUGAUAACAAGCUCGAUCAUGUCUACGAUGAGAUCAAACAUAAGGAGGGCUACGAAAUGGAAUACGACCAUCUAAACUACACCCCGCCGGCCAACAAAUGGAAGCCGCACUACCAGCGCAUGGCCAACGGCCUCACCCCCUCCCCCGCCCCUUCCGCCACAUCCAGUUCGACUCCCGGCGCCGUCGUGCCGCCCAUCCCGCCGCUGCCCAAGCUCAACGUCGCCCACGUGUCCCCCGUCGCCCGCGCGCCCGUGAGUACUGUAGCCCCGGCAGCCCCGUUGAGCAACGGGGCUGUAGCCUCUGUAGCCCCCGCGUGCAGCCCACUGCCGUGUACUGGGGCCGCGACGCCGCCCGUGCCGCCGCCGCGUGAGACAGUUGAAGAUGUGGAGGCGCCGUGACGCAACGAGUGGGUACCGUUUGGACCGGUCGCCGGUGAAUUUGUUUAACGGGAGGGUCGUAUAACGAUAUAGAUACGUAGGUCAUUUCACGAAACCUGGCACGAAUGGUAUAAACUAGACUUUGAUGUGCGGUCACCGGCAGUAACAUCGCACAAAAAGAAAAAUUAUCAAAGUUAUUUGACAAAAUCUUAUUUCUAGAUACGUAAGAACUUGUCAAAUUUUAAUGCAGCCUUCUUUUUGUGCGAUGUUGUCGCCGGUGACUGUAUAAUGACAGGUGUCGGAUCGCUGUACAGUAGUAACUAUUAAGAGCCACUUUUUAUUGGUUAAUCUAUCACUAUCACACACGUACAUUUUACAUACACUCAUUCGUACCAGCUCUUGUGAAUUAACCUGUAUUUGAAUUGAUGGUGAGAAAAAGAUCUAAUUAGAAUCACAUACAUAAACGACACUUUUUUGAGUUUUAAAAGAAAUGUUUGCUUUUCAAACUCUGAAUUUUAAGCGUUGGUCUGAUAACAUUAUUCCAUAUCAAUGUACGAUACAAAUGCAUUUGAAAUAAAUUGUUAACAUCUUUGACAUAAUCAAAUAAAAUUAGAAAUAGACACCUUCUUCCUACACCAUUUAUUCAAAAAAUUAUAUUUUAAUACGUAAGUCGUUAUGCAAAAGCCGCUUUCUAUACCUCCCGUAUCACGAACUAGGAAGGGACUGUAAAAAACGCAAGUGAUCUCCUGUUUUUGAAUGAAUUCAUACAUUUAUUACGUCUACUGCGUUAAAGAAAUAUAUCAUAAGUCUUACUAUAAGGGUUGUGGAGGACGUUAUAUUUACGUAAACUCUCUAUUGAAACGAAAUCAGAUGAUGUAUUUAAAAUUCUUAAAAUGAAAUAUUUCACAUUUUAUGAAAAAUUGUCAUUUAUCGGCAUUUCAAGUGAAGAUCGAAUGUUUUGCUGUGUUUUAAAAACGUGAAUCAUUUUAUAUUUAUUAGGGAAUGUUUAUUUCUAAAAUCAUUAAUUUUAAGUAGAUAAAUACUGCCCAUCGCUUUAAUUUAAUACCUAAAGAUGUAUCAUUGAUAUUUACACUACCAUUUUCAUUGUAGCUUAAGAAAACUUUUCGCUAUUUAUCUAUUGGUACCGCCUAAUCAUAUGGUCGUUCUAUUUAUGCAAAUGUAUAAAAACAACCUAUAUUAUAGGAUUUAUAGGUUGUGCAAAAGCAUUUGUAUUAUAAAAAAAAUUGUGGGAAGGGUACGAAACACUUCAAAAUUUUACAUAGGUAGCUAAAUCUUUAUUUUUGGUGGUUGUAAAAAUGACGUCAAAUUUUUACAACCACCACCUUGUUAAAGAAACGUAAAAUAUAUAAUACGUACGUAGUGUAUUUAACAAUGUUUGUAUAUAGUUUCAUACAAUGCCAAUAGUU